UCGCCCCUGCAGUCACUGGUGACAGAAUUAAAAUGAUCCUGCGCCUCUAGGGGAUCGCGCUGCUGCACGCGUAUCUCGUUUCAGGGAGGGGACACCAGCGGAGACUGAAGGAUCCUUUGGAGAGCUCCAGUCCCCCGGAGAUGCGAUGGAGACCUCCAGAGUGCCGAGCACCGAUGCGUCCACCGCCACGCUCAGCCAACUUCAUAACUUCACGAAUGAUGUCGUUAAUUUCUCCGAGGAUCGUAGCGGCGUCUAUGAGAGCCCUUCUAUGGCUGGGUUGCGCGCCACAGAAGAGCCGUUGUCUGUGGUGGUCAACACCCUCAGGACUGCCUUGACUCCAGCGGGGCUACUGGCCGGACCAUUCUCCCCAUCCGAAGAGCCCACUCACUUGAUCAUCGCGUUCUGGGACUCGCCCUUGAGUCACGGAAUUAACGUGUUUGUUGGAUUUGUCCUGUGCUUCACUAUGCUUGGGCUUGGCUGCACAGUGGAGAUCAGUCAGAUUGGCGAGCACAUUCGCAGACCCAUAGGAGUUCUGCUGGCGCUGGUGUGCCAGUUUGUUAUCAUGCCCCUGAUUGCCUUCCUCCUGGCUCUGGCCUUCUCCCUAAACGAUGUGGCCGCUAUGGCUGUACUGCUGUGCGGCUGCUGCCCCGGGGGCAACCUGUCCAACAUCAUGUCACUGUUGGUCAACGGAGACAUGAACCUCAGUAUCAUCAUGACCAUCUCGUCCACUCUCCUAGCACUCGUGCUCAUGCCUCUGUGUCUGUGGAUGUACAGUCGUGCGUGGAUCAACACGCCCGUUGUAAACCUGCUCCCCUUUGGUGCGAUCAUUCUCACCCUCUGCAGCACGCUUAUUCCCAUCGGACUCGGGGUCUGGCUUAGACACAGAUACACUCGAGCGGCCGACAUCAUCCUUAAGGUGUCUUUGUGGUCUCUCCUGGUCACUCUGUUGAUGCUUUUUAUCAUGACUGGAACUAUGCUGGGACCAGAGCUGCUGGCCACCAUCCCUGCCUCAGUCUACCUGGUGGCAGUGUUCAUGCCCAUGGCCGGCUAUGCAUCAGGAUAUGGCCUGGCAAAGCUCUUUGAUCUCCCUCCCAACAGCCGAAGGACAGUGUCUUUAGAGACUGGCUGCCAGAAUGUGCAGCUCUGCACUGCCAUCUUGAAGCUGGCAUUCCCGCCACAGCUGAUGGGAGGCAUGUAUAUGUUUCCUCUGCUCUAUGCGCUCUUCCAGGCAGCCGAGGCUGGCAUCUUCGUUCUGGUUUACCGCAUGUACAGGAAGGAGGUAUUACAUAAACAGGACCUAACGGAGGAUGAUGAUGAUGACACAAACAUAAGCUACAAAAGAAUGAAGGAAGAAGAUGUGCCGUUUGAUUCAACGUAUGGUGCAGUAACAGGCUGGAGACAGAAAGCUUACUUUGCCAAUUACGGGGAGGGUGAGACCUACUUCGACAACCACGACAGGGCGCAGCUGAAGUCCAUUCUGUCUCAGAUCAACCCGAACCUCACCCCGCGUCUGAGAAAAGCCAACACUAAAGACAUCAGCGUGCAAGUCAACCCGAAGACCGACGCGUCCGUCCAGUGCUCUCUGGGUCCGCGCACACUUUUGGCCCAGAAGCGCGAGGCCCUGCGCCAGAGGCGACAGGAGGUCCAGACACCCGGGAGCCCUGUCAGCGGAGGCGUCCGGUUCCCGCGCAUUCAAGCCGUAUAUUCUCCUGUCGCGUCCAGGAGACUAGUGUCUCUCAUUAAGGACGACGACGAAGAGGAUACGGAGCCUGAGGACUCGGAGAAGGUGGACAGUGCUGAGAAGGUUGAAAGUCCUGAGAGAGACGUGAACGAAGAGAAGUCCAAGAAAACGCUUAGUCCCGAGAAAAAUGAAGAUGCAAAACAGACAGAAACGAAUGAGGGAAACCGAUGUGAGCCUGUAAAAACCGGACAAGACGAACCAAAAUUCAAGGCUCGAGUAAGAUUUCAGUUUCUGGAGCAGAAGUACGGCUACUAUCACUGCAAAGACUGCAACCUGCGCUGGGAAAGUGCUUAUGUGUGGUGCGUCCAAGGCACAAACAAGGUGUAUUUCAAGCAGUUUUGCAGAACAUGUCAGAAGUCAUUUAAUCCAUACCGCGUUGAGGACAUAACCUGUCAGACUUGCAAGAAGACCCGCUGCACGUGUUCUGUAACAUCACGUCAUGUGGACCCAAAAAGACCUCACCGGCAGGAUCUCUGUGGCCGCUGCAAAGGCAAGCGGCUCUCCUGUGACAGCACAUUCAGCUUCAAAUACAUCAUCUAGCACAUCUUUGACUUGGUUGUUGCCUAGCUGGAAUGUCCACUUCUGUAGUCUUUGCUCCUAGACUGCACUGAUGAAACCGGCCCAUCGGUCACCAGUCUCAUUUACUUUUUGUUUGCUUUAAUUUGCACUUAAACUGAAGGUACCAGUUCUGAAAAGAAAUAAAAUGGCAAUUACUAGCACAUCUGAAGCCAUGAGUCUUUUGUGUGGAGGGCAGUACAUCAUGGGUUUUGUAUGAAGUGAAGGCUGAUGCGUGUGAAUACCAGAUAUU